GCAUCUGCUGGGAUCGAGUGAAGCCACCAAGCUGCGUUCUCAGACAAAACCACUCUCAGUCUCGCUCCAGGCAACACUGUUUCUUCUGGCCGACACCACUGCUCUGGGAGGGUGCUCAGCUGGUCUUGCAAUAUGUCUUUCUUUUGGACACGGUACAUAUCGCCCCUGGAUCGCCAGCUUCUCUUCGUGUGAAUAUUGAUUGCCCUUCACCCCUCCACGAUUUCCGCCGACCCAGGUGAAUGGAAAUGCCGGGCACAGAAUACCAGCUGCACUGAGCAAACGAGCGCCGUCAAUUGACUAUCCUCCAUUCGGCUUCUUCAGCUUGCACCAUGGCCCUCUUUGUGCGCCAGGUUGUGACCCUGACUCUCAAGAACCUCCUGGUUGCGUUUGUCCGGCGUUGGUUCUCAACCACUAUUCGAGCGUUUCUCUUGCCCUGUAUCUUCGUCGGCUUUCUAUCCUACGCGCGCUUUCUGUUCAUUCCCCCCAGCGUCUACGGCAUCGGUGACCCAACGCCCAUUCGAAGUCUGUCCGAAGCGCUUGACCUGGUCUCCGGUGGCAGAGAUAAACUGGUAUUCGUCAACAGCGGGUUUUCGGAUGGUCCCAUUCAAGCAGUCAUUGACAAGGUGGUAAAUGAUACAGGGUCGUUUGGUGGCCGCGUCGAGAUUUUGUCCCAAGAGGAGGAGCUUUUGACCGUGUGCCGGAACUCAAUCAGGGGAACUUCGUCAUGCAUAGCGGGUGCCGUCUUUUUCUCCUCGCCCUCUGAGGGAGAGGCUGCUCGUUGGAAUUACACCAUUCGUGCAGACGGCGGCCUUCAGUCCAAGAUCGUGACCGACUCCUCGAAGAACGAUGUCGAGAUCUACUUGCUUCCUCUCCAACACGCCAUCGACCGUGCCAUCUCUCAAGUCGAAGCCGGCACUGAUGGAGCUACAGUCCUUCCCAAUACCGCGGAUGAAUAUCCUUACACCUCGAUGACCAAAAAGGAGCGCUUGAAACGUAUCCGGACCCGAUAUAUGGGAGGUAUCAUCGACAUCCUAGCUGUCGCUUUCUUCAUCGGGGUGGUGGGAGUCACGUAUCAGCUUACUGGAGUCAUCGCCUCGGAGAGAGAAAACGGCAUGGCUCAGCUUCUUGACUGCAUGAUGCCGAAUCUGAAGCGUUGGCAACCACAGAUGGCACGAAUCAUUGCUAACCAUCUGGCAUUCGACCUGCUCUAUGGACCCGGCUGGAUCAUCAUGGCGAUCAUUCUCUGCGCAGGAGUCUUCAGCAAUACCUCACCAGCCAUCGUCAUCAUCUUCAAUAUUCUAGCGGGGCUAUCCAUGUCGUCGUUGUCAAUAUUGGGAGGCGCAUUCUUUAAAAAAGCCCAACUUAGUGGUAUCACCUCUGUCAUCGUAAGUCUUUUGCUUGCCAUCAUCGCGCAGGUCGCCAGCAAAGCCGGAACAGCUUCUGUCGCUAUACUCUCUCUUCUUUUCCCCCCUAUGAAUUACGUAUACUUUACGAUUUUUAUGGCUCGCUGGGAGAGGCAGGACCUUGCCACGAACCUGGUGAAACGAGCGCCGCAGAACACAUCUGCUUUACCCGGUAUCGCUCUGUGGAUCUUUUCGGUAAUCCAGAUCAUUGUGUUUCCAGUCCUUGGUGCUUAUGUAGAACGCACGCUGUACGGCACAGCGUCGCAAAGUCGAAAGACCACAUAUUCGGAAGACACUACUGCCAUCUCAUUGUCUGGAUUCACCAAGGAAUAUCCACCGUCGUGGUUCGCAAGAGUACGCGCAAUAUUUACGAGAAAACGACUUACGACCGUACUCGCCGUUGACAAUUUAACCUUGGACGCGACGAGAGGCCAAAUCGUGGUGCUCCUAGGUGCCAAUGGUAGCGGCAAAUCCACCACUUUGGAUGCAAUUGCUGGCCUUAAUUCUAUCACCUCUGGACAGAUCACUGUCAAUUUUCCCGAACCAAACACGGGGCUAGGAUUCUGUCCCCAGAAGAAUGUGCUGUGGGAUGAUCUCACUGUGGAAGAGCAUGUCCGGAUCUUCAACAGGAUCAAAAGCCAGAAGCCAUCAUCCAAAGCAGAAAACCUACAACUCCUGGUGUCAUGCGAUAUCGAUCGGAAAGUCGGUGCCCGUUCAAAGACAUUGUCUGGAGGCCAGAAGCGCAAGUUACAGUUGGCAAUGAUGUUCACCGGCGACUCGCGCGUGUGUUGCGUGGAUGAGGUGUCCUCCGGUCUUGAUCCAUUAUCCCGGCGAAAGAUUUGGGAUAUUCUGCUUGCUGAACGCGGGUCAAGGUCGAUUGUUCUCACGACACAUUUCCUAGAUGAGGCUGAGCUCCUGGCCGAUCAUAUUGCAAUACUGUCGAAGGGCAUUCUGAAGGCCUCAGGUACCUCGGUGGAGUUAAAACACAAACUCGGCUCAGGAUACCGAGUCCACGUCUACCACACCCACGGGUCCCAGCAGCUUCCGACAUACAAGGAUGUCAAUCAUGUUCGACGAGAUGACCAGACGAUUUAUGCGUUGACGGACUCAGCAAAGGCGGCAGACUUUCUGCGUCGGAUUGAAAGUGAGGGAGUCAUGGAGUAUCAGGUCAAUGGCCCUACCAUCGAAGACGUUUUUCUGAAGGUUGCUGAAGAGGUCAGACGGGUGGAGGGACCAGCUGAAAAGACAGGGACCGACCACAUCCUCCAGGAGGUUGGGAGUCACAGCAGCACUGAGAUCGACCCUGACAACACUGUAAAAGCGAUGAUCAGAGAUGAAUCGUCGGGAGAACCCCCUCAGCUUCUGGAUGGACGUCGCAUCAGCAUGCCUCAGCAAGCUCUGGUACUGUUUUCGAAACGAUGGGUUGUACUCCGCCGGAACACCCUUCCCUAUAUUGCGGCCCUACUGAUUCCGAUCAUUGCUGCUGGGCUCGUCACCCUCUUCCUCAACAAUUUUCAGAAGACGACCUGCAGCCCAGCCUCGUUAGCUCUGGUGUCUGACAUUGAGUCCUUAUCAUCACAGAUCAAUUAUGAUCUUGUGGCAGGACCGCGAGAUCGGCUUGGUCAGAAUGCUAUCCAGCUUUUUGCCUCCACACUGGCAGGGAGCUCGGGUGUCGCAGGAAUUGCAGCGAAUACCACCAAGUUACUAGACUCGAUUCAUCUCGUGGAUACCCUCGACGAAUUCAAUAACUACAUCGACACGAGGUUCGCCAAUGUGACCCCGGGCGGCUUUUUCCUGGGCGACAAUACUUCACCCCCGACGUUUGCCUGGCAGGGAAACGGAAAUAUUGCCUUUUCGGUCAUCAUCCAGAAUGCCAUGGACACGUUGUUGACCAACAUUUCCAUUUCCAAUCAAUACCAGGCCUUUGACGUGCCGUGGGGUGCAGAUGUAGGGAAGGCAUUGCAGCUGAUCACGUAUUUUGGGCUCGCCAUGGCAGUUUACCCGUCUUUCUUCGCCUUAUAUCCGACAAUUGAGCGACUGCGCAACGUUCGAGGUCUCCACUACAGCAACGGCGUCCGGUCGGCACCUUUGUGGCUCGCCUACACCUCUUUCGACUUCGUCAUUGUCCUGGUCACAAGCUCGAUUACCAUUAUCAUCUUUCGGGCUGUCACCGACGUCUGGUACCAUAUCGAAUACCUCUUCGUGGUAUUCUUUUUGUAUGGCCUGGCUUCGACACUGUUGUCCUAUGUCAUAUCCCUCUUCUCUCGGUCGCAACUCGCAGCUUUUGCAUUCGCAAGUGGGGGCCAGGCUGUGAUGUUCCUGCUGUACUUCAUUGCUUAUAUGUCGGUUCUCACUUAUUCACCGAUCGACAAGAUCGACAGGAACGUCAAUAUCUGUCAUUUCACGAUUGCAGCCAUCUCUCCCGUGGCCAACCUGACCCGCGCACUGUUUGUUACUCUCAAUGUGUUUUCGAUCACCUGCAGAAAUCGAGAAUUUGCUUCUUAUGCUGGAUCCAUGACCACGUUUGGUGGCCCUAUUUUGUACUUGAUUCUGCAGUCGUUCUUGCUCUUUGGCUUGCUUCUGUGGUGGGAUUCGGGUGGGUUGUUUCAACGUUUCCGCAAAAAGCAACAAGAAGAGGAGGUGGAAGAGAGAGAUACCGUAGAAGCUGAAGUGUCCAACGAACUUACACGGGUGUCUUCAUCGCAAGACGGUCUCCGGGUGUUGAACCUGACCAAGCGAUUCGGCAAAACGCUCGCUGUCAACAACGUCACGUUUGGGGUGCCUCGCAGCGAGGUCUUCGCCCUCCUUGGACCAAAUGGCGCCGGGAAGUCGACCACAAUAUCUCUGAUUCGAGGUGACAUCCAGCCCAGCCGUCGAGGAGGCGACAUUUUGGUCGACAAUAUCUCCGUGAUCCGACAUCGGGCCCAGGCCCGCUCUCGACUUGGAGUCUGCCCUCAGUUCGACGCGAUGGAUACCAUGACCGUCUCCGAGCAUCUGCAUUUCUACGCCCGAAUCCGUGGUGUGAGCGAUCCCCGCCACAACGUUGAAGCAGUAAUGCGUGCGGUUGGCCUCGAGCACUAUGCUGAUAGGAUGGCGGCCAAAUUGUCUGGUGGCAACAAGCGCAAGUUGUCCCUCGGGAUUGCACUCAUGGGCAAUCCAAGCGUCCUCCUCCUGGAUGAACCCUCAUCAGGCAUGGAUGCGGCGAGCAAGCGCGUCAUGUGGAGGACGCUAGAAUCGGUGGUUCCUGGUCGAUCCCUGGUCCUCACAACCCACUCAAUGGAGGAAGCAGACGCCCUUGCAACGAGAGCUGGUAUCAUGGCAGGCAAGAUGUUAGCGCUUGGGACCACGGACUACCUUCGCCGAAAGCACGGGGACGCGUAUUAUGUCCACCUCGUCCACAACAGCGCCCCGCACGCUUCGGAUGAAGACAUGCUGCGCAUCCGAGACUGGAUCCUGCGGAAUUUUCCCGAUGCAAAUAUCGAGAACAAAGUGUAUGCGGGACAGAUCCGAUUCUCGGUGCCAACCAAAGGACUGUACGCGAGCAAAGAUGGCGAAAUUAGCGUGGAGUCGGGCAUUGCGUCUCUGUUUACGGCUCUCGAGAAGAACAAGGCGGAGCUGCAAAUUGAAUACUACAGCGUCAGUCGUGCCACUUUAGACCAAGUCUUCCUCAAUAUCGUGGGAAAGCACAAUGUGGAAGAAGAGGGUGGCGAAACACCUGCUGCACCACGGACCAAAUUCAUCAAGGAGCUGUCGCGAGUGAGCUCUCGCUUAGUGCACAAAUGAAAAGGACCAGGUUCUUGUUGGAGCGGGGACGGCACACGUAUAUAUAAGACCAAACAAGACAGACAAGGGCAUUUGAGCUCAAACACUUUGACUGGCGGG